CCUGACUUGUUCAGUGCAAACUAUUGAAAGGUGCUAACUUGGUGCUAGUUAAGUAAAUCACUUACUGCUUUUAUUCAACAUCCCUCUUGUCAAUGUAAACACGUGUGUCGCUGAUAGCCUUGUUAAAUACCACAUUUCUCGAAUGGAGUUCGGCGUGACGCCCUCUCCAUACACAGCAGGGCGUACCGAGUCCCCCUGUGUGCAGGCUGGACGGAGGGGAGGGGGACAUGGUGUGGCCCUCCAAAUGUUCCGCUGAAGUGCAGCAGAGUCGCUUGUGAGGGCCGGGAUGUUUUCUUGUGACGCCAACGUCGGUCAGUGCGUUCGUCAGGAGCCCGGGGGCGAGCGCCGCUGCAGCAGCUACCGACGGAUCUGAGGUCAACUUGAGAAUUAACGGUACACGUCCGAGAGUGCUCCAGUGUGCAAUGGGCCAUGUAUGCUAGCUGGAGAUGAAAAUGAAACCCAGUCGCAACCUCCUCCUGGGCCUGUGCUCCAUGCUGGCCAUAGGAUUCCUCUACUACUCAUCAGGGAGGAUCAGCUUACCAGGCUGGGGCCACAAAUCAUUGUAUGACAAGCAAGGGUUCCUCGUCAAGCUGGAUGGUAGUCUGCCUUUGGAGCUGAUCUAUAAGUACAGCAAUCUCAGUGAGGGAGCCUGUAAGCCUGGAUUUGCAGCUGCAAAGAUGACUGCCAUUUAUCCAACAUUCACCAAACUGGCGCCCAUGUUCCUUGAUCCAAAUUACAAACGAUUUUCCAUGAUUGGUGAUUACUCGCCUCCAUUUGGGGUAAAAUCACAAGAGAAGAUCAUAGAUAUUCUCCUUUCAGCUACUAAGAGCUAUGGCCUUGGAGAAGAACUUGACAGCAUUAGCUGUAAGACGUGUGUCAUUGUAGGAAACGGAGGAAUCCUCACCAAUAAGUCUCUGGGGCAGAGGAUUGAUCAGUUUGAUGUGGUGGUCAGGUUAAAUGAGGCCCCAGUUAAAGGCUUUGAAAAAGAUAUCGGCUCCAAGACCACGAUGAGGAUCACCUAUCCAGAGGGGGCCAUCCAGAAGACCGAGCGCUACGAGGCUCAGUCUCUGUUUGUCCUCUCAGCCUUUAAAGCUCUGGACCUCAAGUGGCUUCGACACAUGGUCUUUAACCAGAGGCUGCGCAGCACUGAUGGCUUCUGGAAGUCGGUGGCCAGACACGUGCCAAGGGAGCCCAGCGACAUGCGCAUCCUGAACCCCUACUUCAUCCAGGAGGCCUCCUUCAAGCUUAUUGGCUUACCUUACAACGAUGGACAGAUGGGUAGAGGGAAUAUCCCAACCCUGGGGACAGUUGCCAUAACAAUGGCCCUUCAUAACUGUGAUGAAGUAGCCGUGGCUGGAUUUGGCUACAACAUGAAGACUCCCCAUGCCCCUUUGCACUACUAUGAGAAGAUUAGGAUGUCAGCCAUCAAAGAGUCCUGGACUCACAACAUAUCUAAAGAGAAGGAGUUCCUGGUGAAGCUGGUGAAGGCUGGGGUCAUCCAGGACUGGACCAGUGGGAUCUGUGGUGCAGGAUGCUGAUAGUCGGCAUUCCCCCACCAACAUGUGCUCCAACACCUGAAGAGGGAAACUCAAGGCUCCUUUGACCACAUUCCCAGCAGAGAGCAGCAGCUGUCACACACCAUGGUCAAGGCAGAAAGAGCAUGUUUUGACCAGGACACCCUGCCCAGUUACUUUCACAUAAAGUAUUGCAAAUUGGUCUCUGCAUUGUAACACAGUCUUUAGCUUGUCAACGUUGCAGGUUAGUGUAUAUAAAUGUGGAUUCAGUGCCCUGGCUUAAGGGUUUGUCAUGAAUGCUAGGGAUUUAACCAGCACCUGGACCAGGUUGCCUGGGGUUGUGUUUAAACACAGAGCCUGUGCCAAGAGAAUACCUCUACAAGUGUCCUUCUGCUCACACAGCUGAAUGUAUUCUGCAUCAAACCUAUACUUGCUCAUUUGUGUCUUCAUCAACCCUGAUGUCACUGAUUUAUAUCUGAUUCAGGGUGCACUCUACAUGACACAUGUCAGCCAUGAUGGCCCAGUCUCUGACAUCAGAGCAACAAGUUCCCUCAGCAGCAGCAUGAAUAUCACAUUUAAACUCACUAUAGCAGAAGAGAAACAUUUACUCUGUUCUUGUGAGACCCCCCCACCCUUCACGUCUACUGUAUGCAACUGCAGCCGGUCAUAUCUUGUUUUUACUUACAAACAACAACACUUUUUUGUUGUUCCUUGUCUGUAAUAGCAGAAGACUGAAUUCCCUCUGCUAAUAUUCACUAUUUAGAAAUAAGCUACAAACCAGUUUUCACACACAGGAAUAUUGGAAUGUGUUUGAAACACCUAAUAUAUGAAGUGCAACCAGAAUGAGAUGCAGAUACAUCCAGUAGACGCAAGGGGUCACCUUACGGAGUAUAUACUUUAUCUCGUCACUUGUCAUCUGUCUCUCACUCUCUCCGUUUUGUGAGGAAGUGACGAACAGGGUCCAGGUCUGAGUUAUAUCUUACUGAACCAUUUGCUACUUAAAAUGUACCUGAGGUGCACUGACUGACUGAGUUUGUUUUAUGUGAAUAGAUAGUUUUGGGCAGUUUUUUUCUGAUGCUAAAUGCUCUGCUAAACCCUGAUCUUUCUCUUCUCUACUCAACCUUCCCCUCAGACACCAAACUCGGCCCAGCCACAGGCUGCGAUCUCAGGUCCCCUCACCUCAGCCACCUGUCCUGAUCAGUGCUACUCUCAGACAAGUGACUUGAGCUUUAACAAUCCAUCUCACUUUAAUUACCUAGAGCAACUGUGCUGAAAAGUGUGUGUGUGUGUGUGUCUGUGUGUGUGUGUGUCUGUGUGUUGCUUUACACACUCUGGUCUGUGCAAUCUUUCCUCACCUCAUUGUAGGUGUUCAUGGACUGGGUGCAGUCAGAUGCUCAAGCCAAAGUAUUCAUAUUAUUUAUUGUAGCCUGUGCACAAGAACACAUUAAAAAUUAAGAUUAAGA